CACGGCCACUCCUCGCUUCCGGCCGCGGCGGCCUCCGCGCCGGCCAGACGGGACCCCAGCUUCGGUCUUCCGAGGGGCAUGAGGCGUUAAGGGGCGUCGGCGUCAUGAACCUCCUGCCGUGCAACCCCCACGGCAACGGGCUGCUCUACGCUGGCUUCAACCAGGACCACGGAUGCUUUGCAUGUGGGAUGGAAAAUGGAUUCCGAGUCUAUAACACCGAUCCACUAAAAGAAAAAGAGAAACAAGAAUUUCUAGAAGGAGGAGUUGGCCAUGUUGAAAUGUUAUUUCGCUGCAACUAUUUAGCUUUAGUUGGUGGUGGGAAAAAGCCGAAGUACCCUCCCAACAAAGUGAUGAUCUGGGAUGACCUGAAAAAGAAGACUGUUAUUGAAAUAGAAUUUUCUACAGAAGUGAAGGCAGUCAAAUUGCGGCGAGAUAGAAUUGUGGUUGUUUUGGACUCCAUGAUUAAGGUGUUUACGUUCACACACAAUCCCCAUCAAUUGCACGUCUUUGAAACCUGCUAUAAUCCUAAAGGCCUCUGUGUCCUCUGCCCCAAUAGUAACAAUUCCCUCCUGGCCUUUCCGGGCACACACACGGGCCACGUGCAGCUCGUGGACCUGGCUAGCACCGAGAAGCCGCCCGUGGACAUUCCUGCCCAUGAAGGUGUCCUGAGCUGUGUUGCUCUCAACCUGCAGGGAACAAGAAUUGCAACGGCGUCUGAAAAAGGGACCCUUAUAAGAAUAUUUGAUACUUCAUCAGGGCAUUUAAUCCAGGAACUACGAAGAGGAUCUCAGGCAGCUAAUAUUUAUUGCAUUAGCUUCAAUCAGGAUGCAUCCCUCAUCUGUGUGUCCAGUGACCACGGCACAGUGCAUAUUUUUGCUGCUGAAGAUCCAAAAAGGAAUAAACAGUCUAGUUUGGCAUCAGCCAGUUUCCUUCCAAAAUACUUCAGUUCCAAGUGGAGUUUUUCCAAGUUUCAGGUUCCCUCAGGCUCUCCAUGCAUUUGUGCAUUUGGAACAGAGCCAAACGCUGUCGUUGCGAUUUGUGCAGAUGGCAGCUACUACAAAUUCCUCUUCAACCCCAAGGGGGAAUGCCUCCGGGACGUCUACGCGCAGUUUCUAGAAAUGACUGACGACAAGCUGUGACUCUUCACCAAGAGUGCAAUCAACACCCAUGGCCAAUCGCCCCCCAAAGCGCUGAGUGUGCCCCUCAACCUCUUGGGGCUGGUGCUGGUGCCCUUGGCCCUUGUGGGUAAUAGGCUGGAGGGACUGUCCCGGGGGACCUUGGUCUCGAAGCCAUAUGUGGUUGUGUGUUUUCCUAAACAAGGCUUCCCAUUUCCAGUGCUAAAGAAAGAAUAAUCAUCAAGGCACCGCAGACACUCAAGUGUCUCUGAGCAGCUUGUGCCUGACUGCUGGCUUGUUACCUUUAGUUCCACCAUGACACUAGCUUUAGUGGUCGCACAGCAUCCUCCCACCUACAGCUGGGGGCUCCAUACAGACUUAGGGACUGAGUUAAGAAAAGGAUGGACAAAUCAAAAUUUGUUUUUGACAACAGAUUCCAUCAUUUUUAUUGAGUCUAUAAUAGGUAAAUGAACAAAUGUGUAAAUGUUAACUCUUACAUUAUAUCCAGAUUUAAAUAGAAUAAUACCAGCAUCUGGCCUUAGAAAAGGAGAAAGGAAUUCCUCCUCCUGCGUGAACCUGAAGAAGAAAGACACAACCAUGUUAGAGAACACAGGGUAUGCGUUUCCCUUGUGAGUCCCGCAUCGUGGUUGUCCCUGUGCUGUGGUAAACCUGUGCUUGGUUGUGUGCGCACGUCUUUCUGUUGGAGCUGUUGGAGUUGAGGCAGGCGCCAGGCCCACCCAGCGAGCAGAGCGCUCUGAGCGUUGCCUGUGGUCUCCUGGUGAAACUCCCGUUAAAAGUUUCCGUUACGUUUAGGGAACAGAGGAACACAUAGACUUCAAACAUUUCGUCAUAGAAGAAAGCGUCACUUGAUUUAGAGGACGUGAAGGGGGCACCACCAUCUCUCCAGCGCAGGGCCUGGUUUCUGUCCGUGGGAGUGGGGUGCCUGUCCUUCCACUUGCCUUGCUCUCCGGCGUUUUCUCUCCCCAGCGUUUCUAAGAAUAGCUGCACACUAACGUUUUGAGAAUGAAAGGCACAUCACGGUUUUUAACAUUUGGUAACUAAAAUAGGUUAUGGGCUCUAUAUUGUUAGUACUACUUGAGUUUAUAUUUAAUUUUCUUAAAUUACCUUUCAAGAAACUUAAUUUUAUGGUUGUAAUUUCAGGUUGCAAACAUUUAAAAUCUGCAGCAGCAAGUUCUCUGUUUUGUCAUUUCUUUUACUGUCAUGUAAUCAACUAACUUUGUAUGUAGAUUUCAAUGUAAAAUAUGCAUGUUACUUUUGUGUAUUUAAUCAUGAAAUUUAAUUUUGCACAUUUAUUUGUAAUGUUUCUUUUAAAUAAAAGUGACUAAUUUUGUUGUACUCGG